CCGGCGGAGCGGAGCGGAGCGGGGCGGCGGGAGCGCGGCCGGCGGGUCUAUGGGGAAGGCGGCCGCGCUCUGCGGUGGCGGCAACAGCACCCGCGGGCUGGUCUCUCUCCUCAGCGCCGUCCCCUGCUUGGCCUGCCAGGAGCUGCCGGCCAUGAGCGCGGAGCCGGGGGGCCGGGGCGGCGGCGGGGGACCGGCGGGGGGGCCGCCCGCCGCCCCGGGCUCCGACACCUACAAGGGCUGGCUCUUCAAGUGGACCAACUACCUGAAGGGCUACCAGCGCCGCUGGUUCGUGCUCAGCAACGGGCUGCUCAGCUACUACAGGACACAAGCGGAAAUGGCCCACACGUGUCGCGGGACCAUCAACCUGUCCACGGCUCAUAUCGAUACGGAGGAUUCUUGUAACAUUGUGCUUUCCAACGGGGGAAGGACGUACCACUUAAAGGCUAACUCAGAAGUGGAGAGGCAGCGCUGGGUCACGGCCCUGGAGCUGGCCAAAGCAAAAGCCAUCCGCAUGAGGAACAACCAGUCAGAUGACUCGGGCGACGAGGAGCCCGCCUCGCAGUCAGACAAGAGCGAGCUGCACGGCACGUUGAAAACCCUCUCGAGUAAGCUGGAGGACCUGAGCACUUGCAAUGACCUGAUCGCGAAGCACGGCGCGGCCCUGCAGCGCUCGCUCAGCGAGCUGGAGAACCUGAAGCUGCCGGCCGAGAGCGGCGAGAAGAUCAAGGCGGUGAACGAGCGAGCCACGCUCUUCCGCAUCACCUCCAAUGCUAUGAUCAACGCCUGCCGCGAUUUCCUGGACUUGGCCGAAACUCACAGUCGGAAAUGGCAACGGGCGCUGCAGUAUGAGCGGGAGCAGAGGAUCCGGCUGGAGGAGACCAUCGAGCAGCUAGCCAAGCAGCACAACAGCUUGGAGCGAGCCUGCCGCGGAGCCCCCGGCCUGCCCGCCAGCAGCACCGGCGUCACCAGCACCGCCAAGGCUGGAUUUCCCAGCAGACAGGGCGGUGCUGGAGCAGCAGCCGCGUUAGACGCGGUUGGGUGUGCGAGUUACGCGCGUCUGUCCGGCUCAGGCAGCCUGGUGGCAUUUUUGGAGGUGCUCCCCAGCGCGGCGGGGAGCGUGCAGUCUGCGAAAGGAGAGGCCAGUGAUGAAGAUGAAGAGACAGAGUAUUUUGAUGCCAUGGAGGAUGCACCAGCUUUUAUCACUGUAACUGCAGAUCCCAAGCACCACAGGCGUUCGGGCAGUAACCUGAGUGGGGCCAGCGAGGGCCACCCUGAGGACUGGAACCUGGAGGACAGUGUUUUUGAAAGCUCAAAUCAAAGCAGCUACAAUGAGUCCACUUGCAAAGAUCUCCUGCCGAAGAAAAGGAGACGGACUCGCAUCCCUGACAAACCCAACUACAGCCUUAACCUCUGGAGCAUCAUGAAAAACUGCAUCGGCAAAGAGCUGUCCAAGAUCCCCAUGCCUGUAAACUUCAACGAGCCGCUCUCCAUGCUGCAGAGGCUGACGGAGGACCUGGAGUACCACGAGCUGCUGGAUAAAGCGGUCAAGUGCGAGAGCUCCACGGAGCAGAUGUGCUUCGUCGCUGCGUUUUCAGUGUCUUCCUACUCGACAACUGUCCACCGCACCGCAAAGCCAUUCAACCCGCUGCUGGGGGAAACCUAUGAGCUCGACCGGCUGGAGGAGUUGGGUUUCCGUUCCCUGUGCGAGCAGGUGAGCCACCACCCCCCGGCAGCUGCCCAUCACGUCUACUCCAAGCGAGGGUGGACUUUGUGGCAGGAAAUCACGAUCGCCAGCAAGUUCAGGGGCAAAUACCUCUCCAUCAUGCCACUGGGCGCCAUCCACCUCGAGUUUCACUCCAGCGGGAAUCACUAUGUCUGGAGAAAAGUCACCUCCACUGUUCACAACAUCAUCGUGGGCAAGCUCUGGAUUGACCAGUCUGGUGAAAUAGAGAUUGUUAACCAUAAGUCAAAAGAUAAAUGCCAGCUGAAAUUUACCCCCUACAGCUACUUCUCCAGAGACGUCCCCCGAAAGGUGACAGGGGUGGUGAGCGACGCCGAUGGUAAAGCCCACUACGUGAUGUCCGGCACGUGGGACGAGAAGAUGGAGUGCUCCAAGAUAGUGCAGAGCAGCCACGGCAGCACCAGCACGGAGGGCAAGCAGAAAACCGUCUACCAGACGCUGUCCCCAAAGGUCUUGUGGAAGAAGUACCCGCUCCCGGAGAACGCCGAGAACAUGUAUUUCUUCUCGGACCUGGCGCUCACCCUGAACGAGCCCGAGGAGCGAGUGGCCCCCACGGACAGCCGGCUGAGGCCCGACCAGCGGCUGAUGGAGAGCGGCCGCUGGGACGAGGCCAACGUGGAGAAGCAGCGGUUGGAGGAGAAGCAGCGAGCCGUGCGCCGGAGGCGGGAGGCCGAGGCCGUGGAAGCCCUGGAGGAAGGCAAGGACUACGAGGGUUACAUCCCGCUGUGGUUUGAGCGCAAGGUGGAUGCCGUGACGGGGGAGCUGAUCUGUGUCUACAAGGGCGGCUACUGGGAGGCCAAGGACAAGCAGGACUGGAGCGCGUGCCCCGACAUCUUCUGAGCCGCCCCGCUCGCCUCGAGUCACCAGGACAGACAGAGGGACAGCGAGGACAUGCUGGCAGCGUCCCGCCGGCAGUUAGCAGUGCAAAUACACACGCAGAGUCAAUACAUGCAGAAAUUUGAAAAGCAAAUCUAAACAGGGAUUCCAAACCUAUUUUUUUACGCACUAAUAAAUAGCAUCUUUUUUUUUUUUCUUUUUUUUUUUUUUUUUUUUUAUGAUGGCUUUUUCAGCGACCGAUUAGGAACAAGGACACGUGAAUCUGGUUUGUUUUUAGCCUAGCAUAUUUAUUGCUAUCAGGAGUUGCUGCCUAUAUCUUUCAGCGCCUCGGCUUUAUCAGCUGAGACGUCGACUUCCAAAGACGCUCGCAUUGUGGGGAUGCUGUGCAUUUGUGUGAGCUCUUUUCUUUGACAUUACUUUUUUUUUUUUUUUUUUGUCCCCGUUUGUGUGUGGACUUUACGGAAUUAUUUUUUUAAAAAAAAAAAAAAAAAAAAAUCUGCUCCUGGUUCAGGUUCCUUCAAAGACAGACACAAACAACCUUGGGUCCUGCUCAGAAAACUGCCUCCAGGGGCUGUGGCGCUCGAUCCUGGAGGCUCUUGGUGGUUCCCGCAGUGCCCAGUCAUCCCACUAACACCAAUUAGGAUAUUUCAGCUGGUGGCUUUUUUUUUUUUUUCCCCCUUUUUCUUUUUUUUUUUUUUUUUGAAGAGGUGUUUGAGCAGAUUCCCUGCAGUCUGCCGUGUUUAGUCGAGGCUUAGGAUUGUCUUUCACAUGAUCCUUUGUGAGGGUGAUUUGAGUGAGGUUUGGUUUGGCUUUCCUGCAACCACAUCUGAAGGGGGGAAACGGCCUCGCUGAUGUCGGGAACGCCCGGGGCGGGCACCGAGUGAAGAGGUUUAUAGACCAGCGAUGCUCCGGGCUCCGCGUACCGGCUCUCCCCGGCUCCGUGUCGCUCAGCGCGGGGGCUGGCAGGAGCCGGGACGUGCUGCUGGGUUUGCAGGCGGCUUCUCCCUGCUGAGCUCUGCCUGAGGCCGGGCGGGAGGGGAGGGAAGGAGCUUUUCCCAUCCCCGUGUCUUCCCCACGAAGCCAGACAGGUUUGGGCUCCAGCCCCCUGGCACGGGGGUCCCGGAGGGCACCCGGUGCCCAGCUCCGUUCCUUCUCCUCCCUCGUGGCUGGUCUCUCCCGGGAGCAGUUUCAGGCGUCACUGAAGCAGGCUGAGCACGGGGCUGGGGGAACCCCGCGUCCCCCGCUCACCCCCGCUGCGUGCCAUCACCUCGCUGCGGCCCUGGACCCGCCGGGAGAAGCGGAGUGAGCCCUGCUGCUGAUGGGUGAGGAGCAGGAGCUUGGCACUGGCCACGCAGGCGGGACCCGCCGGUCCCCAGCGCCGCCGGGGAGGAUGGGGGGGGUGGCAGGACCCCGAAGAUGGGCCGGAGAGCAUCAGGGAGACCCGGACACCCGCGUUCGCCCCAGCGGAUCUCAUUUUUGAUGUCGUCUUCUCCGGGUGUUCAUCAUCUCACACUGACUGCUGCCUCGCGGGGGUCAGAGGCCACCCCUAGCCAGACUGUCACAUCCACAUUGGAAGAUAUUUAGCAAUAAUGAACUUUGAGGCAAUGGUAACUGGAGUACCCAGGCUGCACAUGGGACACUUAUGCAAUCAGGUUCCUCAACCAUCAGUCUCCUCCUCCUGAUCAGCUUCUCUUCCAGCACCUCCAUACCUGUUAAUGACAGCAAACCUACGUGUACAGUAUAUAUAGACCUUGUGCAGCGUAACAGUAGUGAGUGGCUAUUGGAGUGGCAACCACCCAACUGAUUUCAUUGUACCCUUUAAUCUUAUUUAUUUGCUUCUAAUUUAUAUAUAUAAAUAUAUAUAAAAUUAUUUUGCUUAAAUUUCUAUGGUACACAAUAGAUGAAAAAUAAUGAAGACAGAAGUGUCUGAGUUUUUGUAGCCCGAGUACGCUUUCCCUAGGCUUGUCCCAGAGGCAGGGUGUAGGGGUGAUGGUGACAGAGUAAUUCCCAAAGGAGAGAAGCAACACUUUGCUCCCAAACUGGAUGCGAUGGCAUUCAAAAGACAUUCCCUUCUAGAGACGAUGCAGUCGGGGUUUGAAAGGCGGCGCUCGGGAUCCCCCGCGUUUGGGAGCGGGGUGCUCCGAGCCGCUUCCCGGCUCUCUGGCCCUUCGAGCAGCCGCUCCGGCCCCUUCGCUCCUCCCAGCCCCUUCCCGGAGGUUUCCCCGGGGCUCGGGAAAGCCGCUGCAGCUCUGCCGUGAUCCAACCCGCCGCUCUGGCUGCGGAGAGCUGCUGGGUGUCCCGGCCCGGGGCGUGCAGGUCUCCUUCGGAGACGGGCUUUCAGCCGCCGGGGCGAGCGGAGGAUGCUCCGCACUGAACCUUGAUGCCGCUCGCUUGGUUUGUGUAGGCGACCAAAAUUGCCCGGGGGUUUUAUUUCACUCAAGGCCUCGAUCAGUUUUGCAAAACGGGCUAAAAAUCGGGUUCUUCAGAAGGCCCUAUUUUCCGUGUUUGCUCUGUCAGUGGAAGUGUUACCUGAGAACUUGGAGAGGGGAGAAACUCCUGCGCGAGCUGUUCCCAAACCAGGAUCCGAGCGUUCCCGCAGCGGAGGAGAGCGGGGCGUGAGGUGUUGCUCAGUAAGUGCUGGCACCACGGGUCCUGCUGGGCUCUGGGACCCCGAGAGGGCCACUCUGAUGUAACCCCCCGUCGCUGCGUCCAUCUAGAAAUCACCAUCACAGACCCUGCACAGCUUAAUGGAGCUCAGGGGAGCACGAGGAGCACCCCCCCAAAACAGAAAUCCCCCAUUUUUUAGGCUAAUUUUAAAAACCGCUCUAUCUUCCAGGGAUCAUGUAGCAGCAGCGCUUUAAUCAGAGCACCAUCUCCUGGUCUUUCUGUUCCGCCCCCCCCCCCCCGCCCAGAGGAUUUUAAUGUCAUUCCACUGUAAAUGCUGUUGAAUGUAUUUCUUUUUAAACAAUAUAUUGUGAGUGAUCCCUCUUCUCCUACACGGUAAUAAAACUUGGAUUCGGGAGUUUUAA